CAUGUAGACGUCAACAGACAUUUUGAGGUUAAAUACGUGGCUGUAUCACAGUCAGUCAGCAACUCGAACAAAAUCGACUCAUAAUUCGCGUUUCUCAUCGAAAUAACACAAUAUUAUCAUUUAGAAUAACAGUAAACAUGUUAACGCACGUAUUGACGACGUGUUUCGUGCUCUGCGCGCUUGUAAACACCUCUUAUUCGUAUUUUAUCACUGUGGAUGCUCAUGCAGAGGAGUGUUUCUUUGAUAAAGUCGAAAGCGGUACUAAAAUGGGUCUGACUUUUGAAAUAGCCGAAGGUGGCUUCCUUGACAUCGACGUGAAGAUCGUCGAUCCCGAUGGCAAAGUCGUCUACAACGGUGAGCGUGAAUCCUCCGGCAAAUACACAUUCGCUGCGCAUGUGCCUGGGAUCUACACGUAUUGCUUCUCGAAUCGCAUGUCGACGAUGACGCCGAAAGUCGUCAUGUUCAACAUGGCGAUCGGCGAGCCGCCCAAAGCCGAUGAGCAGCGCGGUGAGGGCGAAGGCGCAACAAAACUGGAAGAUAUGAUCCGGGACUUGAGCGGUGCUCUCGCCAGCGUUAAACAUGAACAGGAAUACAUGCAGGUGCGAGAUCGCAUUCACCGUUCGAUUAAUGAGAGCACAAACAGUCGUGUUGUGCUGUGGAGUUUCUUCGAGGCGUUGAUCUUGAUUGCGAUGACGAUGGGACAAGUUUUCUACUUGAAGCGCUUCUUUGAAGUGCGACGCGUCGUCUAAUGUGUGAAUUUGUUUGCUAUGUGUACUAGAAUCUGUAUGAAAUGAUGUUUAUAGGAAACAAAUGAAUGCUGUGUAUGAAUAUGGCGCAAAUGUCGAUAAAUUUAUUAAAUUUUUA